AUGGGAAGUGAGCAUCGCUCAGCGUACAGCUACUGCGAGGCUCACAACGAAGUCGCCACGGACAUGCAAGAGAAAGAAAAUUGUGAUGAUGGUGCGGCAAGUUCGGGCAACAAGGAGCAGAGCUCUCAGGAGGAGGGGGUCAUCGUCCUUUCGCGGAAACAUGAUGGGAAUACCAACUCGCCCGUUGGGACGCAUGUCGAUUGUUGGAGUGCCGCAGACCACAGGAGUGGGCAUUCAGAAAAGGUCAGCAAUAUUGGGGAAUCGAAGCCGAAUGGACCUCGUCAGUACGACAAGCCCCAUGUGCAGGAGGAGUGGGCAGCUCGAGAGGGGAAGCAAGCAGUCGACGAGAAACACGGAGAAGAGGCCGUGACUCAAUCGAUUACUGGCUGGCAUCUCAGGG